AUGUUAUUUACACAUAUUCUCUUUCUCCUCUUAGGUGCUGUCGCUACAGUCACUGGCUCCAUCGUGGUAACUGGUUGGAAUGCUCUUGCUUGCGGUAACGAACCACAGAGAGGGACAGAACUCUUCACGAUGGGUUUCGAAGAUGCGAUGGACGGAUGCACAAACACCGGACUUGGAGAAAAGAUAUUCUCAAUAACGGCCACAUCAGACACAGAUAUGUCUGAAAUCUGGGCCUACGCGCUUCCUAACUGCAAAGGACAGCGAAGAUUGAUCGAGCCGGAGACCUGCCUUAAUCCCGACAUCAACAUCAAAUACUUCCAAUCCUAUAAGAUUACUUUCAAUUUCUCAUAA